AUGCAUUUGUUAACUCCUGGGCGUGGUUUGGAUGAUAGCGAAGUUCCGAAUAAGAAAUCAAAGAUUGUGACAUUGUCUGAUAAUGAAGAAGACAAUAAUGAUAUUGAAAUCAUACGCGAUAUUUCGUCGAGUAAAACGACUGAUGGUAUGUAUUCGAAUCGAAUUUUUUGAGAAACAAAGAGCCACAAAUUCCAGAUAUAUCCGAAGUAUUGAAACAAUUUGCUGAAAUCACUGAUACAGACGAAACCAUUGCUCAAACAAUUCUCCAAGACGUAAACUAGAAUUUGAAAAGAGCUUUGGAUGAUUUCUACGGAAGUGAAGAAUUCAAAGAUAUUCGAACUCAAGCAGUUAUGGGAGCACCAAGUUCUUCUUCUGCAGUUUCAGCACCAAUGACUGCGGAAGAUUUGAAAGGUUUUGAGAUUAGUGUAAUGAGCUGGAAUGUUGAUGGUUUGGAUGGUCGAAGUUUGUUAACAAGAAUGAGAGCAGUCGGGAAAAUCGUAAAAAUGUAAGAACCUUUUUGACUACAAUCGAUUUAUCAGUAUUUUUGAAGGGUCAACCCUGAUGUUUUGUUUUUACAAGAAGUUGUUGAUCGAGAUAUUGAGCCAAUUGAUAAACUUCAAUCAUUAUACAAAAUCUACUAUUCUAACAAAGGUACGUAAACUGGUUGAAAAUAGCAGUUUUUUGAAUUGGAACUGGUCCUGAUCCGAUUCAAAAACUCCUGUCGAAAACCUUCAAUAAAUAAUUCUCGGUUCAAUUCAGGUUGUCAAUAUUACACCGCAAUUCUUGUUUCAAAAAUGUUCGACGUUGAAAAACACGAUGUUAUUCAUUAUCAAAAUUCAGGAAUGUAUCGAACUCUUCAAGUUUUGGAAGGUUCUAUUGGAGGACUCAAAGUUUUCUUGUUGAAUACGCAUUUAGAAUUGAUGAAAGAGCAUGCAACCCAAAGGUAUUUCAGGUUUUUUUUUCAAAAAGACAUUUUAAAAAAUAUUUCAGACGUGCUCAAUUUGCUUUUUGUAUGGAUAAAGUUCGAGAAAUAAUCUCGAAAAACCCUGGUUGUUGUUUAUUUUUUUGCGGAGAUUUGAAUAUUCGAGAUGAUGUAAUUAGUUCCAUUCCAAAUGGUGUUAAAGAUGCGUGGAUUGCAGCCGGAAUGGAAAAAACAACUCAAUGGACAUGGGAUACUUCGAAAAAUGAUAACAAGCAAGCGAAAUAUGGAGCCAAGUGCAGGUUGAUUUAUUCAUUCUUACAUUAAUUCGAAGAAAAUCUGAAAUAUAAUUGAAUUUCUUUCAGAUUCGAUCGUCUUUAUUGGCAUGCUCCUUUGAACAAGGUAAAAUUCAAUCUCGAAGGUCGACAAAGAAUUCGUUCAUGUUUGUGUUUCCCAUCCGAUCAUUGGGCAAUCAAUGCCGUAUUCUCCGCAUACCUUCUUAUUUACCAAACAUAA